GUAGCGGCUGUGUUAAUCCGUUCCUCUCCGCUGAGGGAAGACUCGGAAAUCAGUAGAGUUUAACUUGUACAACCUGCAGUUUCCGCCGCCUGGCCGGUGGGUCGACUGACCGGCCUUUCGCUUCCCCGAUAUUGGAAGUUUCUAAAACAAUAUUUGAAGUUUGAACACUGGAAAAUAUUGUCGUGGAUAUGGAAACAUUAGUAUUGCACAACUGAUUACCCUAAGGCCAAAUAUUCUUUGAACUUUGCUCUGAAAAACCUUUGGAUUCUUUGACAUUUAUUGGCAUUAAAAUUGCUUAGAAUGAGCAACUAUUUGAAAACACCAAUUGAUAAAAUUAUUGUAGAAACUAUGGAUAUUCAAAUGGAGAAUGAACAAAAUUUAGAUAUUCUUCAGGAAGAUAUUGAUAUGAGUGGGGAAAUGAGUAGAAAUGAUAUAAAUGAAAAUUAUUCCAGCGGGCAUGAUUUCCACAGCUAUGUGGGUGAAGAAAAUGAUAAAGAAACAGCUAUGAUUAUGGAAUCUUUUGAUUACUAUAAAAGAAGUGAACAAUCUUCUAAAUCUAAAACUCGGAAGGAGUUGAUCAAAACUUUGCAAGAUCUAAAAGGAUAUCUUCCUCCUCAUAAAAAGAUCAAAGGCAAAUCAAGUAUCCUGGCAACUUUGAAAUAUGCACUUAGGAGCAUUAAGCAAAUUAAAGCCAAUGAAGAAGAAUAUCAGUUGAUGAUGAUUAAUGAAAGCUAUUUCUCUGAUCUCAAUAUAUUAUCCUGUACUGUGGAAGAUGUUAAAAACAUUACUGCAGAGUACACCAUGAAGAAUGCAGAUAUGUUUGCUGUAGCUGUUUCUUUGGCUACUGGGAAAAUUUUGUACAUCUCUGAUCAGGCUGCCUGUAUCCUCCAUUGUAAGAAAGAUUUAUUUAAAAAUGCCAAAUUUGUGGAGUUUCUGGCACCUCAGGAUGUCAGUGUGUUCUAUAGCUCAACUAUACCAUAUAGAUUGUCAUCCUGGAGUAUUUGCAAUGGAGUUGAAUCUGCUACCCAAGAGUUCAUGAAGGAAAAAUCUUUCUUCUGCCGCCUCAGUGCAGGAAAAAUGAAUAUAAAUGAGAGUCACUACCAUCCAUUCCGUAUGACCCCAUACCUUAUUAAAAUACAAGAUAUAGAAGAUCAACUUUGUUGCAUGUUGCUUGCAGAAAAGGUACACUCUGGUUAUGAAGUACCUAGAAUUCCUCCUAAUAAAAGAAUCUUUACAACCAUUCACACACCAAGUUGCUUAUUCCAAGAAGUAGAUGAAAGAGCUGUGCCUUUGUUGGGAUAUUUACCUCAAGACUUAAUUGGAACUCCUGUUUUACUACAUCUUCAUCCAAGUGACAGAGCUUUAAUGCUAACAAUUCAUAAAAAAAUACUUCAGUAUGGCGGACAACCAUUUGAUUAUUCACCAAUCAGAUUCUGUACUAGAAAUGGUGAAUAUGUAACUCUGGAUACAAGCUGGUCCAGUUUCAUCAAUCCUUGGAGUCGAAAGAUUUCAUUUAUAAUUGGAAGACACAGAGUUAUAACGAGCCCUUUGAAUGAAGAUGUAUUUGUACCUCAGCAGAAAGAAGAAAAAAUGCAACAUUCUAAUAUUGAAGAAAUUACAGAGCAAAUACAUAAGCUAUUAGUACAACCUAUAUAUAAUAGUGGCUCUAGUGGCUAUGGAAGUUUGGGAAGCAAUGGAUCACAUGAGCACCUAAUGAGUGUGGCUUCAUCCAGUGACAGCAAUGGGAACAAUGAAGAUACUCAGAAGAUACAGAAAACUAAUUCUUUUCAAAAUACUUGUAAAAAUGGAAGUGUGGACAGAAUUCAUGCCUCCUUUGAUUCUAGAUUAAAGCUUGAAAAUCAGAAGAAAUCUUACAGAGGUUGCUCAGAGAAAUCCACUGACUACCAUGAUCAUAUCAAUAGUACCACUCAAUUGUUUGAAAAUGAUGUCAUUGGGACUGCUUGCCAAAGGAGUCUAGUUGCAAAAGAAUCAACUUGGGGAGAACAAAUGAUAUAUUCAUAUCAACAGAUCAGCUGCUUAGAUAAUGUUAUCAGAUACUUGGAAAGUUGCUGUGCAGAUGAUACUAUGCAGAAAAUGAUUCACCCGACACCAUAUACUGAUGUAGCACUGAAUACUGAUAUAUAUAUCGAGAAAAUGAAUGCUGAUACAACAAAAGCAUCCACAGAAAGGGGACAGUCAAAAACUCACAUAGGUCCUGCAGUGUUGGAAACAUCUGACACAUCCAAUGCUUCAGCUCUUAUGGAUGCUCAUUUAACUUCUUUGACUUUUCCUGGACAACCUGAAAGUGUAAUAUCUUUUGUCAGUCAAUGCAGCUACAGCAGCACCAUAGUUCAUGUUGGAGAUAAAAAAACACAGCCUGAAUUAGAAAUUAUAGAAGACAAUCUAUCUGGGAUAAAACCCACAGAGAAUCAAGCUAUUGUUCUACAAUCUAACAGUUCACAAGAGAAAGAGAAAAAAGCUAUAUUUAAGAAAUUGGGCCUUACAAAGGAUAGCCUUGCGAUACAUACUCGAAAAGAAGAGUGGAGUUUUAUGAAUAAGUGUAAAGAAAUAAAAAGGUUCCAUAUUUUUAAGUGUGCUUGCAAUUCCUACUUUCAAAAAAGACACAAAGGAUGCCCAGGAGAACAUGAUAUGUGUGGAUUACACCAUGGUUCUGGAAUAGCUUUAUCUUGGAAGAAAAUUGGGAGAACCAAGAAAUCUAAACAAAAACAACACAAGCAACAUGAUUCUUCAGACAAUAAAACAUCUGCAAAUAGUGAAAAGAACCCUGUUGUAGAAUGCCAAAAUAAGCUGUCCCGUUCCUGUACACCAGAGUCCUUGGGUCUACAAGAUCAGUCCUCAUCAACGUUGUUCCAGUCACAAUGCAGUUCUCCUUUACAGUUGAAUCUUCUGCAAUUAGAAGAAAUGCCAAAAAUAUUAACAAGUGGAAGUGUUGCUAUAGAGGGAAAUUAUGAGAUUUUAACUAAUGGAGAGAUUACAAAUAAACAAUUAAGCAGCAAUGAUAAAAGAAAAGCAUCAUGCAUCGUUAACACACCAGUGGAAGUUCAGAAUAGUGAUGACUUUUCUUUAUCUAUUGACCUACUUGAUUUACUUCAAGAAGACACAAAUUCAGUCACUGGAUCUGUUUCAUCAGGAAGUUUUGCUUUAGCAGCUGCUGAAUCUUUAGAUUCUGGAUCAGAGGGAUGUGAUAUGUCAAUCUGUGGAGCAGAAUGUAGUGAGACAAGUCAUAUUAGCAAUUAUAUUGGAAGCAUUAAUUCCUCAGAAAAUAAUCCUAAAACAAAAUGUUCACAAAUGGAAGAAGAUGUACAGUACAUUAAAAGUGCCCUCCAGGAUCCUCUUUGGCUCUUGACGGCAAAUGCAGAUGAUACUGUUAUGAUGACUUACCAGAUUCCAUCACGAAAAUUGGAAACUGUUUUGAGAGAUGACAAAUUGAAACUGAAACAAAUGCAGAUGUUUCAGCCAAUAUUUACGGACGACCAAAAAAGGGAGUUAUUUGAAGUUCAUCCAUGGAUUCAUAAAGGUGAACUCCCUCAGGCUCUUGCAAAUUCGCUUUGUGUUAAUUGUGAAGAAAAUAGCUGAUCUUACAUACAAAAUGAAGGAGAAAGUGAUGAAAUCGAGCUUAAUGAAUGAGGUGGUGAGAAUAGUUCACUGAUCCUGAAACAACUCAACAGUGAAAAUGUGUAAUCCAUGAAAAUAAUUUCAAAACCAUCUGCUUUCAGCUAAGACAAAUGCAUCAUUCUAUCUUAAAGGUUAAGUUUGUUUCUUGUGAAAUGAACAUAUAACAAACAAAUGGAUUUUUUGUUCUAAAAAAGGUCAUUUGUUAAUAAUCUUUUUUUAUGAGGCAUGUCUUUUUAUUACUGAGAAAUUUCUGAAAAUAAUUGUUUGCAUUAAUAAAAACGUCAAUUUUUAAUGUUUGCAUUUAAAGUUAUAGUUUAUUAAAAUGAUAGAAAAUGCUAAAAUCUCACUGGAUUCCAUAAAAAAUAUAAAAAUACUAUGCCAUCCUAACAUUUCUUUCCUGACUCUAUUUUUUUUCUGUAAUAUGGACUAUAUAUUUUCUACUUUAGAAAUAACUUAAAUGAUUUGAAAUGAAUAGUUAAUAGAUCAAAGAUUUCACAAGUAUUUCAGUUAUAAAAUAAAUCCACUGUUAACCAUUAAAUUCAUUUUGAUUUACUGCUAUAUUUUAAAUGCAAUAACAGUAGCUUAUUCUUUCUAUAAUCUCCACAUCUGAAGGAGAACUUUUUUUUCAGGCGAGAAAAUAAUACAUGUUUGUAAUAAUGUGAUUUUAACUGUUGCAUUUUGUAUUCGGUAAAUAUUAUAAUUUGUUCAUUGUCUAGGUCUUAGAAUUCAUUUGUCACUCUUGUUUUAGAACUGUAAAAAUAUGCCAAUGCCUCAGAAUGUAUUUUUAUGUUCUUUUAAGUCACGGGUUACUUUUAAAAUCAUAUUCUGUACUGAAAUAAUUGCCCAGCAAGGAGAAUCUAAUCUUAAUAUUGACAAUAAUUUCUGUAGUGUGAUAGCAGAAUAUAUAUUUAUUGUAAAGGAACAUCACACAGUA